AUGCGUCUGAACCGGGCUUUCCACUUCAUUGCCACGGCGUCCACUGCCGUCCAGGCUGCUCUUACCUGGAAGAAUGUCAAAUUUGGCGGCGGAGGCGGCUUCACACCUGGAAUCGUCUUCCACCCGACGGCAAAGGGCGUUGCGUACGCGCGAACCGACAUCGGGGGUCUUUACAGGCUCAACGCCGAUGAUUCUUGGACGCCAGUGACGGACACGCUCGCAACCAAUGCUGGAUGGAACCGCUGGGGUGUUGACGCAGUAGCAGUGGAUGCCAAAGACCCGAAAAAGGUAUAUGCGGCCGUGGGGCUCUAUACCAACAGCUGGGAUCCGAGCAAUGGCGCCAUCAUCCGCAGCUCCGAUCAGGGUGCGACAUGGUCGGUCAGCACCUUACCCUUUAAGGUCGGUGGCAAUAUGCCCGGCCGCGGAAUGGGCGAAAGACUAGCUGUCGAUCCGAACAACUCUAAAAUCCUGUUCUUCGGAGCUCGGAGUGGCAACGGUCUUUGGAAGAGCGCCGACGGCGGAGUGACGUUUACCAAAGUCACGUCAUUUACUGCAGUUGGUACCUAUGUGGCCGACCCCAACGACGCAAACGGAUACAACAGUGACAUCCAAGGUCUGGCUUGGGUGACCUUUGAUAGCACGUCUCCCAAACUGUCGAGUGGCGCAACAUCGAGGAUUUUUGUUGGCACAGCCGACAAGACCACUUCUGUCUAUGUGUCUAACGACGGCGGGGACACCUGGAGCGCCGUGGCUGGCCAGCCGACAGGAUUCUUGCCGCACAAGUGUAAGCUGCAGCCCACCGAGAAGGCACUGUACAUCUCGUACAGUGACGGAAGCGGCCCCUUUGACGGAACCGCUGGAGGAGUUUACCGCUACGACCUCAACACCUCAAACUGGAAGAACAUUACACCUGUCUCGGGUGCAGACUUGACUUAUGGUUUUGGUGGAAUUGGCGUGGAUAUGAAAAACCCAGGAACCAUCGUGGUGGCUUCACUCAACUCGUGGUGGCCUGAUGCUCAGAUCUUCCGUUCCAGAGACUCCGGAGCUACAUGGUCGAGACUGUGGGAGUGGAAAAACUAUCCCGAAAUGAACCAGUACUACUCUAUAAGUGCAGAAAAGGCGCCCUGGAUAGAGUCUGGCCAUCUUUCGAGGGACUCGAAGCGCCUUGGCUGGAUGAUCGAGGCCCUUGAAAUCGACCCUGUUGAUCCUGACCAUUGGCUUUACGUAAUGGCAGGAACUGGUCUCACGAUAUUUGGUGGGCAUGACUUGACCAAGUGGGACACGGUUCACAACAUCUCGAUUCACUCUUUGGCAGACGGUGUCGAAGAAACGGCAGUCUUGGAGAUGGCUUCAGCGCCUGGUGGGUCCGAGCUACUGACGGCAAUUGGAGACAUUACUGGAUUCACAUACAAAACCGCGGCGGACCUGAAGACGUCUCCGAAGAAGCAGUGGCUGGACCCGAGCUGGGUGACAACUUCAGGAGUUGACUACGCCGGAAACAAGCCUUCUGUCGUCGCCCGCGUUGGGCAGACGGAAGGGUCGCCCAUGCUCGCAGUGUCAUCGGAUGGCGGUGACAACUGGGUCGCUCAUCCAGGCGCUGACAAUACAACUCAGGGCGGAGUGAUUGCCUUCUCUGCUGACGCCGAGACCAUCCUGUGGGCAUCUGCGAAUCGCGGCCUUCUUCGUUCUCAGAACCAGGGGUCGUUCUCUGCCGUCACGGGGCUGGGAAGCUUGGCAGGAACAAUGGCUGUCGCGGCAGACAGGCGCAAGGCGGGUGUAUUCUACACCGGGUCUUCUGGAUCUGGGGCCCUCUAUGUGUCCUCGGACGCUGGGGCUACAUUUGCACGUGCUGCAGGUUCGCUUGGAUCGGCCUCGGGAAUACGCUACGUUGCCGCACACCCUCGUGUUGAGGGCACGGUCUUUGUAUCCACCAACGCGGGCGUCUACAAGAGUUCUGACUUUGGUGCAACCUUCCAAACCGUGCCGGGCUUGACAGAUACGCAACACAUUGGCCUUGGAAUGGGGACUGGCAACUCUUGGACGCUGUAUGCCUUUGGUAAUGGGCCGGCAGGUCAGAGGCUGUAUGCUAGCGCGAAAGCCGGCACUGGGCCUUGGACUGAUAUCCAAGGCGAUCGCCAAGGUUUCGGUAAUAUGGCAAACUGUCGCAUUGCGGGUAGUGGCAACGUUCCUGGCGCCGUGUAUGUUGGCACCAACGGCCGCGGUGUCUUUAUGGCCACAAGCUGA